AUGACGGACGCCAGCAGCAGGAAAGAGGGCUUCAAGAAGUGCCGGAGCGCCACUUUCAGCAUCGAUGGUUACAGCUUCACCAUCGUUGCAAAUGAAGCUGGAGACAAGACUGCCGGACCCCUCACCCGCUUCUCUCGGUCUAAGUCACAGAAUUGCCUGUGGAACUCUCUCAUUGACGGGCUCACAGGGAACGUCAAGGAGAAGCCACGGCCAACCAUUGUCCACGACCCCCGCCCGCCGGAGGAAAUCCUCGCGGAUGAGUUGCCUCAGCUCGACAGCCCAGAAGCCUUCGUGAAGACAUCCUUCAGGUUACGAUCUUUGGUCAAACAGUUAGAGAGAGGGGAGGCUUCCGUGGGCGAUCUCAAGAAGAACUUGGAAUAUGCAGCCACCGUGCUCGAGUCUGUAUACAUCGAUGAAACCAGGCGACUCCUGGAUACGGAGGAUGAGCUCAGUGACAUCCAGUCCGAUGCAGUGCCUUCGGAGGUCCGAGACUGGCUGGCCUCCACCUUCACGCGGCAGAUGGGGAUGAUGCUCAGGAGGGGCGAGGACAAGCCGCGGUUCAAGAGCAUCGUGCAUGCAGUGCAGGCUGGGAUAUUUGUGGAGAGAAUGUAUAGACGGACGUCAAAUAUGGUUGGACUGAGCUACCCAGCAGUGGUUAUCGAAGCAUUAAAGGAUGUGGAUAGGUGGUCCUUUGAUGUCUUUUCCCUCAAUGAAGCCAGUGGGGACCAUGCACUGAAAUUCAUUUUUUAUGAGUUACUCACACGCUACGAUCUGAUCAGCCGUUUCAAGAUCCCCAUUUCUGCACUCGUCUCAUUUGUGGAGGCCCUGGAAGUGGGGUACAGCAAGCAUAAAAACCCUUACCACAAUUUAGUGCAUGCCGCCGACGUCACUCAGACUGUGCACUACCUCCUCUAUAAGACAGGAGUCGCGAACUGGCUGACAGAGCUGGAGAUUUUUGCUAUAAUCUUUUCCGCUGCCAUCCAUGACUACGAGCACACCGGAACCACCAACAACUUCCACAUCCAGACCCGGUCCGACCCAGCUCUCCUGUACAAUGAUAGGUCUGUAUUGGAAAAUCACCACUUAAGUGCAGCUUACCGCCUUCUGCAAGAGGACGAGGAGAUGAAUAUUCUGAUCAACCUCUCCAAGGACGACUGGAGGGAAUUUCGGACCUUGGUAAUUGAGAUGGUGAUGGCCACGGAUAUGUCCUGUCAUUUCCAACAAAUCAAAGCCAUGAAGACAGCUCUGCAGCAGCCGGAAGCGAUUGAAAAGCCAAAAGCGUUAUCCCUGAUGUUGCACACGGCAGACAUUAGCCACCCAGCUAAAGCAUGGGAGCUCCAUCAUCGCUGGACAAUGUCGUUGCUGGAGGAAUUCUUCAGACAGGGGGACAGAGAAGCAGAGCUGGGGCUGCCUUUUUCUCCCCUGUGUGACCGGAAGUCCACCAUGGUCGCUCAGUCGCAAGUAGGCUUUAUCGACUUCAUUGUGGAGCCCACCUUCACUGUGCUCACGGACAUGACCGAAAAGAUCGUGAGUCCACUCAUUGACGAGCCCUCCCAGACUGGCGGGACAGGACAGAGGCGUUCAAGUUUGAACAACCUCAGUUCGACGGAUGCAAAGCGAUCGGGUACCAAGAGCGCCGGCUCAGAAGGAAGUGCCCCGGUCAAUGAUUCCGUCAUCCCUGUCGACUAUAAGAGCUUUAAAGCCACGUGGACUGAGGUCGUGCAUGUCAACCGGGAGCGAUGGAGGGCGAAGGUGCCCAAAGAGGAGAAGGCCAAGAAGGAGGCCGAGGAGAAGGCCCGCCUGGCUGCGGAGGAGAAGCAAAAGGCAUUGGAAGCGGAGACCCAGGCAGAAGGCGCAGCUGGCAAGGUGGAUAAGAAGACAUCUGGGGACGCUCGGAACCACAUCAAUGGAGCGCGCCCCAGCAAAAGUGACAGCUCCCGUGGUAAGAACUCCAAGGCUGAGCAGUCAUCCGGAGAAAAGCAACAGAACGGUGACUUGAAAGAUGGUAAAAAUAAGGCAGACAAGAAGGAUCCAUCCAGUGUCGGAAAUGACUCCAAGAAAACAGAUGGCACGAAGAAGCAGGCUCAUGGCUCCCCAGCCCCCAGCACCGGCUCCACAAGUUGCCUUACCUUGCCAGUCAUCAAGCCUCCGCUGCGCCACUUCAAACGCCCCGCCUACGCAUCCAGCUCCUACGCACCGUCAGUCCCGAAGAAAACGGAGGCACACCCCGCAAAGUACAAGAUGCUGGAUCAGAGGAUCAAAAUGAAGAAGAUCCAGAACAUCUCACAUCACUGGAACAGGAAAUAGGUCCGGGAAGAGAGGGGGUGGAGGAGGGGCCGGCGCUG